CAGACAUUUCGAAUUGGAGACCGAUUUGUUGGCGGAAGAAAGGGCAGGCAGGCACGCAGCCAACGAGUUGAGUGGCUUCCUCCCCACCACAAGGCUCCCCCCACCCCGCUCUAUCUCUAUCUCUUCUCCCGUCCUCCCUUAGCUCGGAGUCGGACACCCACCCGCCACGACCACCAGACCACUCGCUUCCCCGAAGCUUCAGCUCCGCGCUUCUCUGUUCGAGCUAGCCAGCCUCCAGCAAGAGCGAGCGAGCGAGGGCAACGGGCAUGGCGGCGGCUGUGUCCUUCUCCCGGGUGCGAGCUCUCCCGACGUGGUCCAGCUCCGUGUCCGGCGACGACCACCACCGCUCCUACUCCGCGGCGCUGGCCAUGUCGGUGUCGGUGCGGCCCCGGUGUCGCGCGCGGUCGCCGGCGCGGAUGAUGGGCAACGUGAACGCCGGCAAGGGGCUGUUCGCGCCGCUCGUGGUGGUGGCGCGCAACAUCAUCGGCCGCAAGCGCUUCAACCAGCUCAGGGGGAAGGCAAUCGCGCUGCACUCGCAGGUCAUCACCGAGUUCUGCAAGACCAUCGGCGCCGACUCCAAGCAGCGGCAGGGCCUCAUCCGCCUCGCCAAGAAGAACGGAGAGAAGCUCGGAUUCCUUGCCUGAGACGACCAUGUUCUACGCACAUAUAUAAGUAUAUAAUCUAUAAGUACUACAUCAUCAAGUAGUGGCGGACAAUGAUAAUUAUAUUGAUACCUUCUUCCUUGCUCCGAUCGAGUCCUCUAUCAAGUGGUAGCUAGUACAUGUCAUGUGAUGAUUCUUC